CAGUUUAUCAGAAAAGUCUCAUAUUUAGGUGAAGGUGGCAGGAGAGAGACUUUUAAAGACACUGUAGCUAACUGCUGGAUGAGGGGUAGGAGGGAGAAGAGAGGCAGGAAGGCUAGAUAGGUUCCAAAGAAGCUUUGGGAUCUUUUAAACUACGUUUCUUUUGUAAAUUCGUUCUUUUACUAUUGAAUUAUUUUAGAUAAAGCAAUUUGAAUUACUUCUAUCCUUUUUUUUUUUGUCUCACGGGCUAAUGACAUUCCCCAAGGGCCAAAAGGACUGCAACUUAUAAGUUCUCUAAAAAUACUGGAAGGAAACAGGCGUGAAAACCGCCAAUAAUUGCUGGUGGGAGGCGCUGUUCCCUGGAAAGCCGAUUCCCACGCUGUACCACCUGCCCCGCCCGCUACGCUACGUCAGGAGGGUCACGUAGCCUGGGUCCCGCACCCUGAUUGGCUACGUUUUGGGUUCCGGGGUUUUCUGCGGGUUCACAGGUGGCUGGGUCGGCUGAGGGAAUUGGGCGGCUUGGGACCCAGCCUCAGUUCCCGGGCCUCGGGAGGAACGGAGGUAGACCCACAGCAGCCUCAGCCCGGGGAGGAAAGAAGGACGGAGCCAGAGACCCGGUACUCGCAUACGGUACAGAGCGGAUGCCGACAGGUGAGUGCUAUUGAAAGGUUCAUUCAGGAAGGUGACCAGAUCACAUUUUGAGAAGAAGCUGGAAGGAAGCCCAAGUGGAUUAACUGAAGCUCUGGACAAGGACAGGAUCUCUGGGGAGAAACUAAGGUAUGAUGAGUAUAUUCUGAACCUCAGGACCGUGGGAAUUAGCCAGUGGAUUGCAGGCAUGUUGUGGAAGUUGCUCAUGAGAUCCCAGCCCUGCAGGCUCUGUUCUUUCCAAAAGAUGCUAUCGGCUCCAAAAUACAGACGUUUUCUAGCAUCCUUCACCUACACAACUGAUAAUCAGUCAAACAAAGAAAAUAAAAUGACAGUGGAAAAGCUCUAUAAAUUGUCAGUGGACAUCAGGAAAAUUCGAAGAUUAAAAGGAUGGGUACUUCUAGAGGAUGAAACCUAUGUUGAAGAAAUUGCAGAUAUUUUACAACAACUAGGUGCCAAUCAGACUGCUGUAGCCAGUAUCUUGGAACGCUGCCCAGAAGCAAUUAUCUGCAGUCCAACUGCUAUUAACACACAGAGAGAACUCUGGCAAUUGGUCUGCAAAAACAAGGAAGAGUUAGUCAAGUUAAUAGAACAGUUUCCAGAAUCUUUCUUUACUGUUAAAGACCAGGAAAACCAGAAGUUGAAUGUUCAGUUCUUUCAAGAGUUGGGACUCAAAAAUGUGGUCAUUAGCAGAUUUUUGACAACCGCAUCUAAUAUUUUUCAUAAUCCGCUUGAGAAAAAUAAGCAAAUGAUAAAGACUCUCCAAGAGAGUUACCUAAAUUUAGGUGGCUCUGAGGCCAAUAUGAAAGUUUGGCUACUAAAAUUAUUAAGCCAAAACCCAUUUAUUUUGUUAAAGUCCUCUGCAGCUAUAAAGGAAACACUAGAAUUUCUUCAGGAGCAAGGUUUCACAAACUUUGAAAUUCUCCAGCUUCUGUCCAAACUCAAAGGAUUUCUUUUUCAACUUUGCCCAAGAAGUAUACAGAACAGUAUGUCCUUCACGGAAAAUGCUUUUAAAUGUACUGAUCAUGACCUAAAGCAAUUGGUUUUGAAAUGUCCCGCCCUUUUAUAUUACUCUGUUGCAGUUUUGGAAGAGAGAAUUCAGGGAUUAUUGAAAGAAGGAAUUUCCAUAACUCAGAUAAGAGAGACACCAAUGGUUCUUGAAUUAACACCACAGAUAGUACAAUACAGGAUAAGAAAACUGAAUUCCUUAGGCUAUAGAGUAAAGGAUGGACAUCUAGCACAUUUAAAUGGAACAAAAAAAGAGUUUGAGGAGAACUUUGGUAAAAUUCAGGCAAAAAAAGGCCGGCCAUUAUUUAACCCUGUGGCACCAUUAGAUGUUGAAGAGUAGCUUACUGACUGAUGUUGCUUGCUUCUGUCAGUGCAGUGAAACUGAGUAGCUUGUGGGCACCAGUAAUUUUAAGAACCUACUUAGCUUCUAAAUUGUGUUUGAAUUACCUCUUAAGUAGAUAAUCUCUGACUCAGUUGCUGUUUUUAAAAAUAUAAAUUAUGGGGAGUUCCCAUUGUGGCUCAGU